AUGGAAGUGGUGGCUUCUAUUGUUGGUUCAGCAGUGGCAGCAACUGGUCGGCUUUUCUGUGGCUCUCUCUAUUCUAUGAUCAAGAGCACAGUCAAACUCCAAUCAGAACUUGAUGUUUUUGAUAAGGAGAUGAGAAGUCUUAUUGUUCUUAGAGAUGAUGUCAAAGAUCAAACAGAAUUAGCUGAGAAAGAAGGAAAAGUAAUAAGAGCUAAUGUUAUAGAGUGGCUUAGGGAGGUCGAUGAGCUUCAGCUAAAAGUCAAACCAAUUGAAGCAGGGAUGGUCAACAGCAGAAAUCUUUCUGGGUGUUCCUUUAAUUGUCGUAAGCGGUAUAGAGUAAGCAGAGAAGUGGCAGAAAUACUCCCAGAGAUAGAAAGGCUUCUUAAAGAUUCAAGUUUCAAUUCUGGUGUGUUUUAUCCAAGUAGAAGGCCCAGAGCAGUGGAACACAUUCCUGGACCUUCAAUACAGGCUCAAACAACUGCAUCAAAAUCUUUAGAAAAUACUAUGAGUCAAUUGUAUGUAGAUGAAGUUCGUAGGAUUGGUAUUUGGGGGAUGGGAGGAAUAGGCAAGACUACUCUGGUAAAGAACUUGAACAAUGAGCUAAAGAGUGCUUCAGUGAAGUCUCUUGGCAUUGUCAUUUGGGUUACAGUUUCCAAGAAUUUGGACCUUAAAAAGGUCCAGACACAAAUAGCAGAGAGAUUGAAUUUGGAGGCAAAAGUGGAAGAAACCUUGCAGGGAAUGGCUACUCGACUUUAUCAAAGACUUGAGAAGGAGGAAAAGUUUCUUCUUAUUCUAGAUGAUGUUUGGGAGAAAAUUGAUUUGGACAUUUUGGGAGUACCGCAGCCUGAAGUUCAUAAAGGCUGCAAGAUCAUAUUAACAUCUCGAUUUAUGGAAGUUUGUAGGGAAAUGAUGACAAAUGUUGAAGUCAAAAUGGAAGUUUUGAAUUAUGAAGAAGCUUGGCAACUGUUCAGUCAAAUUGCAGGGGAUGUGGUUGGUUUGGAACAAGUUAGACCAUUUGCAGAAGAAAUUGUUAGAGAAUGUAGUGGAUUGCCUUUGGCCAUUAUCACCAUGGGAACUGCUAUGAGGGGUAAGAAAAUGAUCAAGUUGUGGAAGCAUGCGUUAAAUGAGUUGCGCAGGUCAGUGCCUUGUAUGGGAGGCGUUGAGGUUAAGCUAUACAUGCCUUUGAAGUGGAGUUACGACUCAUUAGAAGGUAAUAACAUAAAACCUUGUUUUUUAUAUUGUGCUUUGUUUCCGGAGGACUUCUCAAUUGAAAUAAAUGAACUGGUACGAUACUGGGUAGCAGAAGGUUUGAUAGAUGAACAAGACUAUGAGGAUUCAUUCAAUAGAGGCAUUGCUUUGAUUGAAAAUCUGAAGGACUCUUGUUUGUUGGAAGAUGGUUCCCGUGACUGCACAGUGAAGAUGCAUGACGUUGUUCGUGAUGUUGCAAUAUGGAUUGCAUCGUCAUCUGAGGAAGGAUGUCAAAGUUUUGUCAUAACUAAGAAUGAUGUAUCCAAUGCUCUUAAUGUACCUCAUGUCAGUAGACCUACUUAUCCAUACUCGGAGCGUCCUCCUAUAUCUGAUGUUAUGACUCUUCUUUGCUGGAGAUCAGUGACAUGGGGAUCUAACCCAAGAAUUAACUCGAGUGAGUUAACCGAGCUUAAUUAUAUCUUCUUUAGGAUAGCUUGUCACAACAUCUUCCCCAUCCCCCAUGUCCAUACUAUUCCUAUAGAGAGGUGUUUCUUUUUGUACGCCCUCAUCACUGAUGCCUCCAUUUGUUUGCCUUCCCUUUUCUAUCAAACGCUUGCUGAGGCACAUAGGAGCAAGUGUAAGAAGCAUGGUCUAUUCUUCCCAGUUUUCAUCUAUAGGGUUCUAAACUUUUUAGGGUUAGAAAACUUUCCUUCCCUAGAGUUGAUCCACAUUACAGCCCCUAUAGGAGCCACCUUUCUCAAACAGCGGAGUGCACAAAAGAAGAAUGUUGGACCGAGUGCUAGUUCAUUAAAAAGACCACGAGUACAGCCCACCGUUGGAGACGCUCAUGCUGAGGAAAGUCCUGUUGAUCCUACAACUGCUGUUGCUGACGAUGGGGUACAUGCUGACAGCGCAGUUGCAGAGCCCACCGUUCCUCCUCCUCUCUCUCUUCGUGCUAUGAUGGAGACAUUUAUGACGACUCAAGCAGCUCAUGGACAACUUUUAGAUGGGCUUAUUGCUGAGGUUGCUGUGUUGAGAGCGGAUUUUUCAGAGUAUAGGAGUGCUUUUCCACCUCCUCCACCGUCUGACUCUUGA